AUGAUAACAGUUCUUUUCAAAAAGAAAGUGUAAUGGAAAAUCACUCUGUUCGUAUAAAUUAUACGCUAAUACCUCGCGAUACAGAACAACCAUUAAUACAUGAUAAUCAAAGUAAACCAUGUGAAGAAAAUAGUAAAAAGCGUGAGGAAACAGUUUUGACAAAUGAAGCAAUGGAUGGUUUAUUUUGUCCCAGAGCUAUGUUAUUUUUAAUAUUAUGGUAUUUCAUCAGUGGAUGCACUCUAUUCUUGAAUAAAUAUAUAUUAUCCUACAUGGAAGGCAAUCCCACAAUUUUAGGUGCUUGUCAAAUGUUGAUGACCACAGUUUGUGGAUUUAUACAAAUGUAUUUUCCAUGUGGAAUGUACAAAGCACGUCCCAGAUUAAUGAAACCGGCAGGUUUUUAUAAACAUAUGAUAUUGGUAGGAUGUACAAGAUUUACAACAGUAGUACUAGGACUAGUAUCACUCAAUUAUGUAGCAGUGAGUUUCACAGAAACCAUUAAAAGUAGUGCACCACUUUUUACCGUCCUUAUUAGCAGAUAUUUAUUAGGAGAACAUACAGGGUUAUAUGUAAAUCUAUCUUUAAUUCCUGUAAUGGGUGGAUUAGCUUUGUGUUCAGUAAAUGAAAUCAGUUUUGAUUUCAGAGGAUUUAUUGCUGCUAUGGCUACCAAUUUAACAGAAUGUUUACAGAAUGUUUAUUCAAAAAUGUUAAUCAGUGGUGAUAAUUUUAAAUAUACACCUGCAGAACUACAAUUUUAUACAAGUUUAGCAUCAAUUGUGGUACAAAUACCAGUGUCAAUUCUGUUGGUGGAUUUACCAACUCUUGAGCAUUCUCUAAGUUUUAAAUUAUUCACAGCCAUUCUUCUUAAUGGAGUAUUCUUCCAUUUUCAAAGUAUUACUGCAUAUGUACUUAUGGAUUACAUCAGUCCUGUGACACAUAGUGUUGUUAACACAGCAAAAAGAGCUUCUUUAAUUUGGUUCUCUGUGUUAUUAUUUAACAAUCCAGUAACUGGUUUAUCAGCUAUGGGAACAUCUUUAGUAAUAAUAGGAGUAUUAUUGUAUAAUCGAGCACGACAAUAUGAUAAAAUAAACAAAGCAAAAUUACGAUACAAUUCUAAAGUUAAUUUACAGUAA